GGUUCGCUGUUGCUCAAAUGAUGACCUUGUAGCAAUGGCUUCACAAAAUGAAAUGGUCACUCUUAGUUCCUGUGAAAAUAUUCGAGCACAAGGCAGAAAUACAAGAGGUGCAGUGACCAUGAGAUUAAAAAAUGGGGAUAUGGUGGCUAGCAUGAACAUAAUACCAGCGGACAUUUGUAAAGUCAACGAGAGAGAGUCAGAAGAUCCCGAGAGCAUUGGCAAAGGCUUAGGUCCGUGGUUGUUGUGUGUGUCUGAGAAUGGUUACGGAAAGCGAGUUCCUUUGAGCAGCUUUUGAUUGGUACCCUUAAACAGAGUUGGGUUAAUAGGUUACAAAGUACCAUGAAUUAUAUAGCAACUUGUUAUGUUAUCAGCUAGUGCAUGAAAUUUUUUGCUAGUUCGUUGAGCCUUAAUUUGUACUAUUCUCUCAUUCAGUUUUCCUCGGAGGAUCGCUUGACAGCAGUGUUUGCGGUUGGUUUUUCAAUUUUCAC